CAUUUCCCAUUGUAACCUUGCUGUUUUGAGAAGGCCUCAUAUCAGAGAUUCACUCUUUGGUUACUUGCCCCGGUUCCCAUGGCGCGCGGCCACACAACAACCCAGAGUCUCAACAAGUCGUGGAUUCUUCUCGCAGCCAUUUCUGGGAUAGAGAGGUUUGCCUUCAAAGGCGUGGCGUCCAAUCUAGUAACAUAUUUGACCGAUGUUAUGAACCUCACGAACUCGUCGGCGGCGAAGAUAGUGAACAGUUGGUGCGGGCUGACAUAUAUUCUGCCAUUGCUGGUGGCACCUGUUGCUGACGCUUAUUACCGAAAGUAUUCCACCAUUACCACCUCCUCUUUCGUCUAUCUUGUGGGACUUGCGGCAUUGACGUCAACAGCAGUAGUAAGGUCAAGGCAUGAGGGAAGCAAAAGAAUCCCAUCUUCUUUUCUCUUUUCGUCUCUCUGUUUGAUCUCGUUAGGCCAAGGUGGAUACAACCCAUCUCUGCAAGCCUUUGGGGCAGAUCAAGUUGACGAUGACGAAGAAUUGCCUUCUAGCAAAGAAGAUAAUAAGUCCAAUAAGAAGACCGUGUUCUUCCAAGGCUGGUACUUUGGCGUUUGCAGUGGAAGUCUGUUAGGUGUCAUCAUCAUGUCCUAUAUCCAAGAUACUUUUGGCUGGGUUUUAGGUUUUGCCAUUCCUGCAGUGUCAAUGGCUGUGUCUAUGUUGGUGUUCUCAUGCGGAAGCCCCAUAUAUGUGUAUAAAGACAGUGAAUCUGAGACAAAGAAGCCCUCGAACAACAUAGUUCAAUCUAUAAAAGCUUAUGCAUCGAAGUGCUUCUAUCCUAAAAUUACUCUGCCGAAAGAGGAGUCUGAAGUAGAAGAGAUGGAGCUUCAAGAAAAACCUCUCUGCCGUGAAAACAAGGAAAACUUGAGGGAGUUGAAUGAUAAUUCUAAAAGCAACACAGUUAUAGUAGCAAACUCCAAGGUUGUGCUGAGGCUAAUCCCCAUAUGGACAAUGCUUCUCAUGUUCGCAGUAAUAUUCCAGCAACCUCCGACUUUUUUCACAAAACAAGGCAUGACGAUGAAGAGAAACAUUGGGGAAAUCAAGAUCCCGCCAGCCACACUUCAAAGUGCUAUCACACUGUCCAUAAUAGUACUGAUGCCAAUGUAUGACAGAAUUUUCAUACCAAUUGCUCAGCUGAUCACCCAUCAGGACAAAGGCAUAAGCGUGACUCAAAGAAUGGGAAUUGGGAUGGCUCUCUCAGUGGUAGCCAUGGUGAUCGCAGCCAUGGUGGAAGUGAAGAGGCUAGAGAUUGGAAGGGAAAUGAGAGAAGCAGGAUCAAGGUCGGAAACCGUGAAUUUGAGCAUAUUCUGGUUGAUACCACAGUACGUUCUGCUGGGAGUUUCAGACAUCUUCACAGUGGUGGGAAUGCAAGAGUUUUUUUACAGUGAAGCUCCAAAAAAUAUGAAAACGUUGGGGAUUGCAUUGAAUACAAGUGUGUAUGGGGUGGGAAGCUUUGUGAGUGCUUUCCUGAUCAGUGUGGUUGAAGUAGCGACAAGCUCAAAAGGAAAACCAAGUUGGUUCUCUGAUGAUAUGAACGAGGCUCGCCUUGACAAAUACUAUUGGCUACUUGCCACCUUAUGUGGACUCAGCUUGUUUUUGUAUGCAUUGUCAUGUAAAUAUUACCUCAACAAAAAGUGAUUCUCGUAGUGUAUGCAUUGUCAUGUAAAUAUUCCAUACGUAACUUUUCUCUUCUGUUCACCGAGCCAUAUCUACACAGGGCAUUACCAUCUACACGUCCUGUUUCUAGCUAGCGAUUUCUAUCUUAUUA